AUGUUUUCCAGUUACAUUCAAAGGAUAAGACCAAUAAAUCUUGUUUACGGGCUUAGGUUUCAAUCGAAGUCAGCUUUCCCCGCUCCAAGUUUGAAGAACAUUACUUCAUCACGUGGCUUAAUAAACAAGAAUGACUGCUUCUCUCCUCCAACAGAAAGCCAUAACGCUCCAUUAACCGGAGUUGCCGCAGGAAGAACGGUGGAUGUCAUUGACGGCAACAUAGGUCAAGCUUUGAAACAACUCAAUAACCUGGUUCGUAGUAACAAUGUCGCUCAAGAACGCAGAAAACAACGAUUCUACUUAAGACCAAGCAAGGCCAAGGCAGAGCUACGCAUGGAGCGCAAUAAGCGCCGGUUCGGUAAAGGUUUCAAGAGAUUGUUACAAAUUGUAAAUGAGGCCAAACGUAAGGGUUACUAG